GUGUUCUAUUCUAUUCUAUUUUUUUUUAACUUUAUUUAUUUACAUUAUGGCAAAAAAGAAAUCUAAAAUAACAUCCAAUCGCGGAUAUGCAACCGUAUCGGUAGCUUCAAAAAAAAUAGAAGCACCACCUGCUUCAAAAGUAAAGGAGGAUAAACCCGAAAAAGAACAACAGUCCCCUGCAGACUAUCAAACAGAGAUCUUAUCUGUUCCUCAGAACGACAUUCAGCAAGAUCCAAUCCUGAAACUUGUUAAAAAAUAUAGAUCUUUAAAUGAACACAAAGCACAGACUAAUUUUGAGCGGUUAACAACGGUUGAGCCUCAGUUACGACAAAUUCCUGAUAAUCGUUUCCGAUCAUUUAAUUUAAGUGCUGAUUUAGAAAAAGAAUUACUGCAUGUCAUUCAAGAUGUCAGUUUUGUUAAGCAUAAAUUAAAUGGAUGGACUCGAGAAAAAGCGAUUGGCCAAUUGGAUCUGAUUUAUAGGACUUUAGUCAGAUUAGGUUUUCAGAAUCAAGAUAUUAAAGCUUCUUUUACAGCAACUUUAUCGUGUUCAAUUGAAGAGCAUCUAGAUUGGCUUUGUAUCAAUGUUCCUUACGAUAGAAUGCCCAUUGGUUUCUUUGAUAAAUAUUUUAAUGAUAACAUGGAUGUGGAAGAAACUCAAGUUGACCCGUAUUCUGAUCGAGGAAAUACUGACACUAACUUACAUGAUACUAUACCUAUUAUUGAUAAAUUACCUACCAAACCAUCCAAGCAAAAAGAGGAAGUCAAUAUAGAUGAUAUAAAGUCUCGCAUUUUACAAGCUGCAUAUGAUGCUAUGGAUGAAGAAGAAACAAAGGAUGUAAAUGAACAACAUGCCGAGCUCAAGAUUAAAAUUAUGGAACUUGAAAAACUAUUGCCUUCUGAAAACAAGAAAAAGAAAAAAGUAAAAGAUGAGACAACUGUAGUUUCAGGCGAAGAGUUACAAAAAACUUUAAAGAAGAUUAGGGCAUUAAAAGAUAAAUUGGCUAGUUUAGAAGUGGAUUGGGAUUUUGAUAAGCAAAAAGCAAAAGAUUGUCAUAAUCGUCUUCUUCAACAAAUAACUGAAGAAAAACGUCAGCAGGAGUUAAGAGUGAGGAAAGAGCGAUUAAAGGAAAAAGAACAAAAGGAAAAAGAACAAAAAGAAAAAUCUAAAGAAGAACAUGACAUGGAUUUAAAUGUAGAUAUCAAUGAUAUGGAUGAUGAAGAUGGACUCUUUGGAGGUCUCAUGAUGGAUGAGGAGGAGGAGAAUGCUAUACUAGCUACUUCUACAACAACCACAAUACCUACACAUUGGAAUAUCAUUGAAUUUAAUAUUCCUGAAUCAUACAAAGGCAAGCUUCCCAAAGAUUUACUGCUUGAAUACUGUAAUAAACGAAAAUGGGGAAAGCAAUCAUAUAAUUCAACCAAUAUUGCUUAUGGCAUUUGGAGGUCAACUUUAAAAAUCGAAAACAAUAGUGAGCUCUCAAGUUUUGAAUUACCUGAUACAAUGGCUACAUCAAAUCGUCAAGAUGCUGUACAAUUGAUAGCACUUUAUGGUUUAUUUACUUUAGAUUACACUUCAUCUGUUUAUAAAGUGUUGCAUACCUCUUACAAAGAAUUGUGGGAUAGUUGGAAAAAAGAAAAGAUAGCAAAGGAGGAAUCUCUUUUUAUUGAGUCUGAAAAAGAACGAUUCUCUUUCCUUGCUGAGCUAGUUGAUGAAUCAUUAAGCAAAGUCAACACCAAAGACAAUGCACAUUCCAAGGACAAUGUUGAUAUAGAUGAUAAUGAAAAAACUAUAAUCGAACCAGAGGGAAAAAAAAUAAAACGUCAACAAGUAUUUUCCAAGAUGCAGAGUAUUUUUAAGCGACGAUUAAAUACGAAAGAAUAUCUCUCGAUGAAAGAUAAGAGAAAGGAUUUGCCCAUUGCUGCUUAUAGAGAUGAAAUUCUUCAAUUAUUAAAAAAUAAUCAAGUUUUAAUAAUCUCGGGUGAAACUGGCUGUGGUAAGAGUACACAAGUGCCACAGUUUUUAGCCGAGGAUCUUUUGAUAAAUAGCAAAGAGAGUGGUUCUGUUGUUUGUACACAGCCUCGUCGUAUAUCCGCCAUGUCCAUUGCAAAUCGAGUAUCAAGUGAAAUGGCUGAUCGUCCCAAAUCAACUGGCACUCAUGAUGCAAUGGUCGGUUAUCAAAUAAGACUUGAAAGUAAAAUGUCUGAAGAAAAUGUGCUACUUUUCUGUACAACUGGUAUACUCUUACGUAGAUUAGAAAGUGAUAAAUAUCUUCAUGGUGUUACUCAUGUUGUUGUAGAUGAAGUUCACGAACGUACAAUUGAAAGUGACUUUUUAUUGAUUAUAUUGAAAAAACUAUGUCAAGUUCGAACUGAUAUCAAAAUAAUUUUGAUGAGUGCUACAGUAGAAGCAAAUAGAUUCUCCCAGUAUUUUGGAAAUUGUCCAGUUAUUUCUGUUCCUGGUAGAACAUAUCCUGUGCAUGUUCAAUAUCUAGAGGAUGUGAUAGAAAAUACGGGCUAUGUUCUCGAAGAGGAUUCACCUUUUGCUGUUAAACGCUCUAGAAUUAGAACAGCUCAAGGAAAUGUUCAUGUAUCAGGUCAUAAUGGUUCGACUAAACGUGUUUACUAUGAAAUGUUUCAAGAGGAUUCAGAUGAUGAAGAUCCAUACGAUUUUACACGUAUUGAAUCUAAAUUGACUGUUUCUUCUGUUCUUAAUCAACAGGAUGAUGAUGAUAAUAAUGAUAAUGAUACGAAUCAAAAAUAUAGCCGACAAACAAGGAAAACAAUCAAGCGUAUGGACGAAAAAAAGAUUAAUUAUGAUUUAAUUUUAGACUUAUUAGAUUAUGUCUGUAUUCGUAAAAAGAAGGAGCCUACUGAAGAUGAUAAAACAAAAUUAAUUAUACCAGAGACAGGUGCCAUUCUUAUAUUCCUACCGGGAAUGAAUGAAAUUCGUAAAAUAUAUGAGCUUGCCUCAAGUCAUCAUGUAUUUGGUGAUCCAAACAAGUUUUUACUCAUUGCACUUCAUUCUACUUUAUCUUCUGAAAACCAAGAGAAAGCAUUUGACAUACCUCCUGAAGGUAUUCGAAAGAUUGUGUUUUCUACCAAUAUUGCAGAAACUGGUGUAACUAUUAGUGAUGUUACAGUUGUUAUAGAUACCGGUAUGGCUAAAGUAGUAAGUUAUGAUGAUAAAAAGAGAGUUUCUCGAUUACUCCAAAAGUAUAUUGCCAAAGCAAAUGCUCGCCAAAGACGUGGACGUGCUGGUCGUGUACAAGAAGGUGUUUGCUUCCAUUUAUUUACACAACAAAAAUAUAACGAGAUGGCAGACUAUGAAACUCCAGAGAUUCUUCGCUUACCACUCGAAGAGUUAUGUUUAAGGAUUAAAGUGUGCCAUCUUGGCAAUAUCCGUGAUGUUUUAAGUGCAGCAUUAGAUGCACCUACAGAAGAAAUGAUUAACAAUGCCAUUUCAACUUUACAAGAGGUACAAGCAUUAUCUACUGAUGGUCAAGAAAUACUUACUCCUUUAGGAGCACAUCUUUCAAACCUUCCAGUAGAUGUACAUAUAGGCAAAAUGAUAUUAUUUGGUGCUAUUUUCCGUUGUCUUGACCCUAUUUUAACAAUUGCAGCUGCGCUUAGCUUUAAAAGCCCUUUUACUCGUCCAUUUGGUAAAGAGGAUGAAGCAGAUGCAGCUCGAAAUCGCUUCAGAGUUGAAAAUUCCGAUUUUUUAACCAUUUAUAAAGCUUACCAAACUUGGCGUGAUCAACUAAGUGAGCUCCGUAAGGACACUACUCUGUCCACCUCUAGUAUUAUGCGAAGAAUUCGUCAAUUUUGUAAGAAUAACUUCUUAAGUGAGCAAAACCUAGAGAUGAUCGAAGACAUGAAAAGACAGUAUUUGGGACUCUUGAUGAGUAUUGGAUUUGUUAAAAUAAGUAGAGAAGAUACGAAUCCAUAUAAUACAAGACAAUUAGGAGUUCAAUUAUGUAGAGUUCCUGAGGCAUAUAAUUCUCAUUCAGGGUCUAUCGCUGUUGUGAAUGCAGCCUUGACAGCUGGUCUCUAUCCUAAAAUUGCAGAAUAUUUAAAGGAAUCAAAACAGAUUAUAACAAAAAAUAUGGACCUGCAUAUUCAUCCAUCUUCCAUAUUAUUCCAUCAAGAGCACACAUUUACAACAGACUUUUUAGUUUAUAAUACUGUAGUUAUGAAUAAUACAAGCGGUCAAAUUAAAAACAGGAUUUACAUGUGGGAAGCAUCAUUAAUCGAUGCUGUUGCAGUUAUUUUAUUUUCAACUCAUCUUGAUAUCAAGGUAAGUAGCCUAUUUUGUAUAUAAUAAGUAUAUAUGUGUAUCUAAGAUAUAUACCCUAUUUUAUCAGUAUAAACAAAAAAAGAUUAUUCUUGACAACUGGAUUUAUUUUAACUGUUAUGCAAGGACUGCGGUUUUAUUAAAGUUUUUACGUAAAGAAUUGAACAAUUGGUUAGCAAAGAAAAUGGAGCAGCCCGAUUUGGAUUUUAGUCAAUACAGAAAGGAAUUGAUGAAUGCAUUUAUAAGGACACUUGAAACCAAUACCUCUUCUUAAAGAAGAUGAUAAGCAUUAAUAUUAUUUGCGUGUAUAAACUAUAAGAAUAAAGGAUUUUAUUUUAAGCCAGAUAUCAUAGAUAUACAAGU